AUGACGAAGACAUGUGGCAUUUAUACAAUCUCAUCCAACAAGGCGACUUUGUACGUGCUCCUGCCAUUCGCUAGCCGGGUUCAAAAAAUUUCCAACACCGGGUCGAUCGACUCCCAACGAAUCCGUCUCAACCUAACUCUCAAAGUGACCCGAGUCGAGUUCUCCUCCUACUCUUCCGGCGAUGCCAACCAACCGAACUCAGAAGCCGGAUCCUCCGCCAAUGCCUCAACAGCAUCCCUUCAAAUGUCAGGCCGUGUCACAUCUGAAAACCCUCACGUUAAACUAGGCGCUUUCCAUACACUAGACAUCGAAUCGAAUCGGGAUGUCCGUAUUGAAAAAGCAGAUGGGUGGGACAGCAUUGCGUUAUCGAGGGUCGAAGAGUCUGUCGUUCCCGGACGAGGAGCGGAAGUGGGGGCUGUCGUGUGUGGAGAAGGAGUUGCGGCUUUCUGUUUGUUAUCGGAACAUAUGACGUUGGUAACCCAUCGAAUAUCGGUUUCGGUACCACGGAAGGCGGCUACUUCAGGGACAUCUCAGCAUGAAAAGGCGUUGAACAAGUUUUAUGGGAUGGUGUUUGAGGCAUUUUUGAGGCAUAUACCGUAUUCUAACGUUGGGUUGAAGGCGAUCGUGAUAGCGAGUCCUGGGUGGGUGAGGGAUACGGUUUAUGAUUUUAUAAUGCUGGAGGCGGGGAAGAGGGGGGAUAAGGUGUUACAAAAGUCUUUGAGGGAGAAGGGGGUGAAGGUGCAUGUGAGUAGUCCACAUGUGCACAGUUUGGUUGAGGUUUUAAGGAGUCCAGAGAUUUCAUCUCGAUUAAAAGAAACCAAGUUUGCAAGAGAAGGAAUCACAUUGGACAAGUUUCACAAGAUGCUUGCUACGGACGAACUUCGUGCGUGGUAUGGACCUGGACAUGUCCUGCUGGCCGCAGAUAGAGGAGCAAUAGGUACUCUACUCAUAUCGGAUGAUCUUUUCCGAUCGAGCAAUCCAGAGACACGGAAGAAAUAUGUUUCAUUGACAGAAGCAGUACAACAGAAAGGUGGAGAGGUCGUGAUUUUCUCAAGCAUGCAUGAGUCUGGACAACAGCUGAACCAACUGAGUGGAAUUGCUGCAACCCUGACUUUCCCUCUGGAUAUUGAAGUCGUUGAAGCAGAGGAACGGGAAGCAGAAGAAGAACGACAACUUAGAUUAAACGAAGAACAGGAAGCAUAA